AUGGCUGCGGGGACAGCUGCGUGGACCGGGCUGCUGAGGGCCCCCACGGCCACGGAGCUGCUGCUAGUGGCCUUGUGCUGGCUGGGCUGCUACUGGCUGCUCCGGCGGCCGCGGACGCUGUCGGGGCUGCCGCCGGGCCCGACGCCCUGGCCGCUGGUGGGUAACUUUGCCUUCGCCCUGCUGCCGCCGCCGCUGCUAAGGAGGUGGGCGAUGGAGGUGCAGGGCAGCGCCCGAGGCUCCCUCGCCUUCUCCCCGCACGUCUUCCUUACCGGCCUCACCAAGAUGUACGGCAGCGUCUUCCGGCUCUUUGUGGGCAGCCGGCCCGUCAUCAUCCUCAACACCUUCGGGGCGGUGCGGGAGGCCCUGGUAGAGAAAGCGGAGGUAUUCAGCGAUCGGCCCUCCGUCCCCAUCGUCCUAAUAAUCACUCACAAGAAGGGUGUUAUUUUUGCACCUUAUGGCCCUAUCUGGAAGCAACAGAGAAAGUUUUCUCUGUCAACACUGCGUCAUUUUGGAGUAGGAAGACAUAGCUUAGAGCCUAAAAUCAUUGAGGAGCUGAAGUUUAUAAAGGAGGAAAUGCUGAAGCAUGGAAAUGAAUCAUUUAAUCCUUUUCCGAUCAUUCGCAAUGCAGUGUCCAAUGUCAUCUGCUCCAUGGCCUUUGGCAAGCGAUUUAACUAUGAAGAUGAUGAGUUCAAGACAAUGCUGAAGAACAUGGCCCGUGCACUGGAGCUGAGCAUGAACAUCUACAUGAUGCUGGUCAAUAUCUGCCCUUGGCUGUACUACCUUCCCUUUGGACCUUUCUGGGAGCUUAGGAAAACAGAAUUAGAUAUUACAGCAUUCCUAAAGAAAAUUAUUGCACAGCACAGGGAUACACUGGAUGCAGCAAAUCCCAGGGACUUUAUUGAUAUGUACUUCAUCCAUGCAGAAGAGGAAAAGAACAAGGAGAGCAGUUUUAAUGAAGACUACCUGUUUUUCAUCAUUGGUGACCUCUUCAUUGCAGGCACAGACACUACUUCCAACACGUUACUGUGGUGUCUGCUCUACAUGUCUCUCUACCCAGAAGUACAAGAGAAGGUUCAAGCAGAAAUUGAAGCAGUUCUGGGACGUGACAAAGUUCCCUCUCUUACCUACAAGGCUCAAAUGCCCUUCACAGAGGCAACCAUUAUGGAAGUGCAAAGGAUGACGGCAGUUGUUCCCCUUUCUAUCCCUCGAAUGGCCUCAGAAACUGCUGUGCUGCAGGGAUAUACUAUUCCCAAGGGCAGUGUGAUCGUGCCCAACUUGUGGUCAGUACACAGAGACCCUAACAUUUGGGAGAAACCAGAUGAAUUUCUGCCAUCAAGAUUUCUGGAUGAAAAUGGCCAGCUAAUUAAGAGAGAGACAUUCAUUCCUUUUGGAAUGGGUAAACGUGUGUGCAUGGGAGAGCAGUUGGCAAAAAUGGAGCUGUUCUUGAUUUUUGUGAGUUUAAUGCAAAGUUUUACCUUUGUGUACCCUGAAAAUGCCGAAAAGCCACCUAUGGAGGGAAGGUUUGGUCUGACUUUAUCUCCAUAUCCAUUUGAUAUAAUAGCUCUGAAGAGAUGA